CAAAAAAACUACGUCAUCAUGAAUAGGUGAACACAGAUUCACAGAAUUGAGGAAGUUACAAAUGUGCAUUCUUCUUAUAUAAAUGAUUAAGUCUAAUAUGUACAUAAAAUAUAAUGCCAUGUGCUAAAAAGAACAUGGAUUUGUCAAAACUAGAAAAAAUACUUAUUGUUAACAUCUGGUAUAAUGAACUAUUUAAUGCUGAGGGAAUUCUUAAUUUUAUAUAACCCUAUUGUCCAAAACUGAGACUUUGUACUAUACUAUAUUAUAUGUAUAUAAUAUAUAUAUAACAUGUAUGUUACACACUACUAAAGUCCAAAAAUACUUGAUUAAAUUUUCUGUUUAAAAAGCAAAAUUUUUCCUCAACAGUUCAUCUUUUCUGAAAAAUACCAAUCAGGCAUUAUGCUUGAAUUCACUGUUUAAUUUAGUAGUUAAAUGUUAUUUAAUCUAUUCUCAAACAGUUCAGAUAUUUAAGUGAUGCCAGAAAAUUUUGACUGUUCUAGAAGGCUUCUUCAAAAAUAUGUAUAUGUUCUGCUGCAGUCCCCUCCCAUAUUACAGAUUUUUAGCCUACGUACUUGCUUUGUUGCAUUCUUCCUGCAGUGCAGUUCUUUUCUCCUCUCCUUCCAUCUUCAAAAUAUUCCUUCAAUUUUUCCCAGUAAUCCAUGGGUUUGCCGUUUCAGAGAUCCAUAACAUUCGGGGAUGUGGCCAUAGACUUCUCUCAGCAGGAGUGGGAGUAUCUCGACCCUGUUCAGAAGACUUUGUACUAGGAUGUGAUGAUGGAGAACUAUGGUAACUUGGUUUCAUUGGCAGACCAGUCCAUUUCUAAGCCAGAUGUAAUUACAUUAUUGGAGCAAGGAAAAGACCCCUGCAUGGUUGUGAGGGAAGAAACAAGAAGAUGGUAUACAGAUUUGAAGUCAAGAUAUGAAAUAAUCAGCUAUGAAAAAGUACAUACUUAUAAAAAACAUUCAUCUCUUACUCUUGAUCAGAAAAUUCCUAACAGAGAGAAGCCCUAUGAAUGUGAUGAAUGUGAAAAGGCCUUUAGUCGACAUACAGACCUUACAGUACAUCAGAGAAUUCAUACUGGUGAGAAACCUUAUGAAUGUAAACAAUGUGGAAAGGCCUUUAAUCGUGCAUCCAACCUUUUGCAACAUCAGAGAAUUCAUACUGGUGAAAAACCCUAUAAAUGUGAGGAAUGUGGAAAGACCUAUAGUCGUAGGAUAGACUUAAUUGUUCAUCAGAGGAAUCAUACAGGUGAGAAACCCUAUGAAUGUGAAGAAUGUGGGAAGGCUUUUAGUCGUGCCUCACUUCUUACUCAACAUGGAAGAGUUCAUUCUGGUGAGAAAUCCUAUGUAUGUAAUGAAUGCGGGAAGGCCUUUAGUCAAAGCGGAAAACUUAGAAUACAUCGUAGAAUUCACACUGGUGAGAAACCAUAUAAAUGUAAGGAGUGUGGGAAGGCCUUUAGUCAAGCCUCUCACCUUACGCAACAUGACAGAAUUCAUACUGGUGAAAAACCCUAUGAAUGCCAUGAAUGUGGAAUGGCCUUUGUUCGUGGUAUAGAUCUUAGAGUACAUCAUAGAAUUCAUACUGGGGAAAAACCCUACAAAUGUAAGGAAUGUGGGAAGGCCUUUACUUGUGCCUCAAAUCUUGUUCAACAUGAGAGAGUUCAUACUGGGGAGAAGCCAUAUGAAUGUAAGGAAUGUGGGGUGACAUUUAGUCAUGGCCAUCAACUCAUUUCACAUCAGAAUAUGCAUAUUGGUGUGAAACCUUAUGAAUGUAACAAAUGUGGGAAGGCCUUUAGUCAUACUUCAGCACUUAUUCAACAUGAGAGAAUUCAUACUGGUGAGAAACCCUAUAAAUGUAAAGAAUGUGGAAAAGCCUUCAGUCGCACCUCAAACCUUGUUAGGCAUGAGAGAAUUCAUACUGGUGAGAAACCAUAUGAGUGUAAGGAAUGUUGGAAGGCCUUUAGUCAUGUUGAAAGCCUUAGAUUGCAUUAUAGAAUUCACACUGGUGAGAAACCCCAUGAAUGUAAAGAGUGUGGGAAGGCUUUUGGUAGUGGCCGUCAACUAAUUGUACAUCAUAGAUUUCAUACUGGUGAGAAACCUUACGAAUGUAAGGAAUGUGGGAAGGCCUUUAGUGUGUGUGGACGACUUACUCGACAUCAGAGUAUUCACAGUGGUGAGAAACCUUUUAAAUGUAACAAAUGCAGGAAAUCCUUUAGGCUCCAUUCAAGUCUUAAAGUACAUAAGAGAAUUCAUACUCGAGAGAAGCCUUAUGAAUGUAAGGACUAUGAAAAGCCAUAUAUAUGCAGUGGGUAACGUACAGUACAUCAGUGGAUUUAUAACACUGAGAAACAAUUUGAAUGAAAGGAAUAUAGGAAUGCUUUUACAUAUCGUUCAGCGCUUAUAAAGUAUUAAAUAAUUUAUACUGGUGAGAACCCCUGAGAAUGUAAAUAAUGUCCCAGAUUUUUUAGUUAUGAUCCAAAUGUUCAGAUUCAGAAAUUUGUAAUGUAUUUUAAUAAAAAAAGGAAAGCCUUUACUAGUAUUUACUAAUGGAUUAUCAGAAUAUUCAUAAUGGAGAAAAAUUCAGAGAAUGUGGAAAUGCCACCCCCCGCUUUUUUUUUGCUUUGUUUAUAAAAGCUCUCCAGCCCUAGUAAAUUAUCGUUAAAUUUGAGAAGACUUAUACCACAGAAAAACCCUGUUGACCUAACAUGUACAAAAACCAUCAUGGUGGCCAUUCAAUUCUUUAUAGCCAGUAUGACAUUGAGCAAGAUAUCCUGUGGAAGUCAUUUGUGUAUGGGGACAAUAGUACCUAUAUUAUAGUGCUGUUAUUGGAAUGUAGAAUAUUUGGAAGCUAUCUUAAACAUAGUCUCUGUUCAAUUGAUGCCGAUUUAUGCUGUUUUACUGUUUCACUACCUCCCCAUGUAUAAACAUAAAAUUCCAAUACAGUAUAUUUGAUCUUCAUCCACAGUUCCUGAAAACACUGAAGAGUCUUAAAGGUGAAACAGGUGUUUUGUCAUGCUAAUGAGAGACUUUUGGACCCUACCUGAGGGCAGGGGCUGGAGGCUGAAUCAACCAAUAGCCAAUAAUUUAGUCGAUCAGGAUUAUGCAAUGAAGCCCUCACAAAACAAAUGAGAAGAGCUCACUCGCUCUCUGCUCUGCCUGCUCUGCUCAGUUGUUUCCUGCUUCUCGGCCAGAGAGAGCCUCUACUCUUGGGGACCCAAAACACUUCCACAUUCCACCAAGCCAGGCCCCAAGUUCCACAAGGAUAGAAACUCCUUUAUUUGGGACCUUGCCCUAUGUAUCUCUUCAUCUGGUUGUUAACUUGUAUCCUUCAUUAAACUGGUAAAUGUAA